CAGCUCUUGUUGUUUCAAUGUCAAAAGCUAAUUUAACAAUGCGGAAAACAUUUAAAGUCAAACUUUUACAGAUAUCAUCAUAAGAUAAAUGUAUCUGAAACGUUUCAAGAAAACUUACUGUUUCAUCACGCGGAAUGUAGCAUUUGAUUAAAAAGAGGACAUGACAGGAAAUUACGCAAACUGGAAAUUUAGAAUUGUGUGGACCUUUUUUACUACUGUGUGUUGUACUUCGAUGUCUGAUGCGCAAUGUAGUGAAACUUCAGCCGGAAUCAAACGCUUUGGACCAGACUGUAGACACGCUUGUCAUUGUAUGAGCAAAAAACAGUGCGACUCUAGUACAGGUGAUUGUACCUCAGGGUGUGACUUUGAAUGGGCAGGACCUGGUUGUCAAUACAACAACAUUGCGCUUAAUGAAGUAGUUCGCCAUAGUGAUAACAUUAACCCUCCAAAGUAUUCAGACAAUGCCAAUGAUCGUGACUUAUCAACAUGCAGUUUUACUGACACCGCAGAAGCAUCGAGAACAGUUGCACCUUGGUGGACACUUUGGUUACCUUACUAUGUUAGGUUCAGAAACCUUGUUAUUGUUACCAAAAUGAAACACUUAUUGCAUUUUCCUGGCUUUAGUUUAACUGUCCAAAAUGUUUCGAAAGAGGACAGCGUAGGCAGAAAAUAUCAUUCAGAUGGGAAGUUGUGUCACCAGCAUAAUGACUCUAUACCAACAACUGAAACUAUGUACAUCAGGUGUGCCGAGAAUCUUGUUGGGAAUCAAAUACGUCUACAACUCGCUAAUGUAUCAGCACAACUUGUUAUAUGCGACGUUAGGGUAUAUGGAGGUAUUAUUUUGAAUGAAACCGUUUCCUUAUUAUCUGUUGAUGUACUUAAUUAUCCGAAUCGAAAUGAAAGGUAUAUUGAAAUAUAUUGA